AUGGCUCUCAUGAAUCAUGCUGUGAUAGACACGGGAGCAGCAGAUGUUGAAGUAGUAGUUGUAAAAGUAGUAGAUGUAGAAGUAGUGGAUGUAGAAAUAGUAGAUGUAGAAGUAGUAAAUGUAGAAGUAGUGGAUGUAGAAGUUGAUGUAGAAGUAGUAGAUGUAGAAAUAGUGGAUAUUGAACUAGUAGAUGUCAAAGUAGUAGAUGUAGCAAUAUUAGAAGUACAAGUAGAAGAUGUAGAAAUAGUAGAUGUAGAAGUAGUAGAUGUAGAUGUAGAAGUAGUAGAUGUAGAAGUAGUAGAUAUAGAAGUAGUAGAUGUAGAAAUAGUAGCUGUACAAGUAGCAGAUGUAGGAGUAGUAGAUAUAGAAGUAGUAGAUGUAGAAGUAGUAGAUGUAGAAGUAGUAGAUUUACAAGUAGUAGAUUUACAAGUAGUAGAUGUAGCAGUAGUAGAUGUAAAAGUAGUAGAUGUAGAAGUAGUAGAUGUAGAAGUAGAAGAUGUAAAAGUAGUGGAUGUAGAAGAUGUAAAAGUAGUGGAUGUAGAAGUAGUAGAUGUAGAAAUAGUAGAUGUGGAAAUAGUAGAUGCAGAAGUAGAUGUCGAAGUAGUAGAUGUAGAAGUAGUACAUGUAGAAGUAGUACAUGUGAAAGUAGUGGAUGUAGAACUAGUAGAUGUCAAAGUAGUAGAUGUAGAAUUAGUAGAUGUAGAAGUAGAAGAUGUAUAA